UUAGGCUGAAGAUGGAUGCCCCAAUGUUACAGAGGAACUUUGGAGAAUCAUCAUCCAGGACCUGCCAGAAGCCACAAGAAAAAAAUGGGGAGGGUUUUUCUCACGGGAGAAAAAGCCAACUCAGUAUUAAAACGCUACCCAAGAGCCAAUGGGCUUUUUGAAGAAAUAAGACAGGGCAACAUUGAACGUGAGUGCAACGAAGAAGUCUGCACAUAUGAAGAAGCAAGAGAGGCUUUUGAAAAUCACGAAAAAACUAAAGAGUUCUGGAGCACCUACACAAACGCACAACAAGGAGAGACCAAUAGAGGAAGUGACUGGUUUCAAUUUUAUCUUACUUUUCCAUUAAUCUUUGGCCUCUUCAUUAUUCUCCUUGUCAUCUUCUUAAUCUGGAGAUGCUUUCUAAGAAACAAAACUCGGAGACAGACAGUAACUGAUAGCCACAUUCCUUUCCCUCAACGCCUUAACAUUAUUACUCCACCUCCUCCACCAGAUGAAGUCUUUGAUAACAGUGGAUUGUCUCCAGGCUUUUUGGAAUACGUUGUUGGGCGCUCAGAUUCUGUCUCCACUCGCCUUUCCAACUGUGAUCCCCCACCGACCUAUGAGGAAGCCACUGGCCAGGUGAACUUGAGAAGGAGCGAAACAGAACCUCAUUUAGACCCACCACCAGAAUAUGAGGACAUAGUCAACUCUAGCUCAGCUAGUGCCAUUGCUAUGGUGCCUGUGGUCACCACCAUCAAAUGAAGCUGCAAACCUAGUUUGACUCUAAUCAUUUCUAAAAUACUAACGGAAGAACAUUGUAGCACUUUACCACUACAAAAAUGUGCAGUGACUUAUUUUAUUAGACUCUUACAGCAUACCACUUCACAUUUACUGGGUGAUUUAUCUUUAGUUUUCUUUCUUAUUAUAAAAGCAUUAUCCAUGUUCAUUUUUAUAAGAGGGAACAUGAAGGAAAGACAUGCUAGUGAAGGUCUUUAUGUGCUGUGAUACCAUUCACAUGCCUUUACAAAUAUGUGUGUGUUUUGUGUGUGUAUACGCACGCAUAUACAUAUAUAUCCAUAUGUGCAUCACCCAGUAUGUGUAUAACUCUUGUAAAAUUAACUAACUUCUGCCACACCACCCAUAAAGACAGCAAUACUCACCCAAAUUGAAAAGGUAGGGGGACACCAACAGUUAUGUGAUCGU